CGACACGUGUGAAAAACGCCGAGCACUUGAUCCGUUUCGGCGCUUGCCUCCUCUCGUCGCAGAUCUCCCUCUCAGCAAGUGACAAGCGCUUUUCGACCCAUCUUCAUCUUUGUGUCAUCGAAGAAGCGUCAGCCUCGAGCUCCUCCCGAUCUGUCUUUCUGUCCGCCAGUCUCUCAAGAUGCGUCGGAGCGCACGCGUGACGGUGACGGCCUUGAGUGUGCUGUGCCUGCUGGCUGGCGAGGCGGCCGCCAAGGUGUACCUGCACGAGACCUUUGACGAUGACUCGUGGGAGCAGCGGUGGGUUCUCGCCAAGUGGAAGGAGGGAGAAGGUGAGGCAGCCAGCUGGCGAGACACUUGCUGAGCUGAGACGGGGAUUUGGAGAGAGGGAGGGAGGGAGGGAGGGAGACGGCCGGGCAGCCAGUUAGUUUGGUGCUUUUGCCGCGCGUCUGUCUGUCUCCGUCUCCACCGCAACAGGUCCCCAUCUCUCUGUGUUGGUUUGUGCGCGUGUGCGUGUGCGUCCGUCAGGUCUUGCCGGUAAGUUCGAGCUGUCUCACGGCAAGUUCUUCAACGACGAGAAGGCCGACAUGGGUAAGAGACCACACCACACCACACCACACCACACACCGCAUUCCACCCAUCCCCUUGUGUGUGGCUCGCCUCUGCAUCACCCGCAGGUCUGAAGACGACUCAGGACGCCAAGUUCUACACGGCCUCGACGUCAUUCGACGGUUUGUCGAACAAGGACAAGACUUUGGUGCUGCAGUUCCAGGUCAAGAACGAGCAGAACAUCGAGUGCGGCGGCAGCUACCUCAAAUUCGGCCCAAAGAUCGACGACCCAAAGGAGUUCAAGGGAGAGACACAAUACUCAGUCAUGUUCGGUAAGCCAGCCAGGCGGAGAGGGAGGGACGGCAUGUGCGCAAUGUGUGUGUGUGUGUGGUGGUGUGCAGGGCCUGAUAUGUGUGGCUCUGCGACACGCAAAGUGAGUGAGAGGCACACACCACACCACACGAGAGAGACGAAGGAGUGCUGGGAUACACACAGACCGGUGGGAAUGUGUUGUGUUUGUUGUGGUGUGUUGUGGUGUGGUGUGUGUUGUGUGUCAGACUCAUUUGAUCUUCAACUACAAGGGCAAGAACCUCGACCGCAAGAAGGACAUCGAAGUCAAAAACGACAACCUCUCUCACCUCUACACACUCGUCCUCAGGGUAAGUGAGUGAGGGGGCCCACACACACACACACACACACACCUGACAGGCCACACCCAAGGCACACACCCCUCUGUGUGUGUGUGUGUGUGUGUUCAGCCAAACAACACAUACGAGGUGCAGAUCGACCAGAAGACGGUGGCCGACGGCAGCUUGUACGACGACUGGAACUUCCUGCCGCCCAAGCAGAUCAAGGACCCCAGCCAGUCAAAGCCAAAGGACUGGGUCGACGCAAAGGAGAUCGACGACCCCGAAGACAAGAAACCCGGUAUGUCAUGCCCAUCUCUGUCUUGUCUGUCUGUGCUGUGCUCUGUCAUGAUAUCAUAGCGAUGCGAUGUGUGUGUGUCGGUGGGUAAUCAGAGAGUUGGGUGGAGGAGAAGCAGAUCCCUGACCCCAAUGCGUCCAAGCCCGACGACUGGGACGAGGAGGAGGACGGCGAGUGGACACCGCCCAUGAUCGACAACCCCGACUACAAGGGAGAGUGGAAGGUACACUACACUACAGACGACACACACAACACAGCACAACACAACACAGCCCAGCCCAGCCCAAAACACAACAAUCUCUCACCCCUCCACCCCUCCACCUUGGCUGGAUUAUUUGAUGAAUCAGGCGAAGCGCAUCCCCAACCCCGACUACAAGGGCGAGUGGGUGCAUCCCAUGAUCGACAACCCAGACUACUUCGACGACCCCGCCGUCUACGCCUAUUCCGACAUCUCUAUGGUACCUGACCUGAUAAGAGCAGAGCCGUGGGCUGAUCUGUUCAGCACAGCACAGCACGCUCACGAGUGUCUGUCUGUGCGUGUGUGUGUGUGUGUGGUUUUGCAGGUGGGCAUUGACCUGUGGCAAGUCAAGGCGGGCACCAUCUUUGACAACAUCGUCGUCUGCGACAGCGAAGAAGAGGCCAAGGUCCGUCAGUCACAGACCCACAGCACCCCACCCCACCCGCGCCGCAACUGCCACACCCACCCUCAUUUCGUCGUGUCUGUGGUGUCUGUCAGGCGGUCGCUGACAAGUAUUUCGUCCCACUGCGCGACGCCGAGAAGAAGCUGAAGGAGGAAGAGGUAAACAAGCGACUGACUGACCACACUACCACACCACACUGCACCACAGCGGUGACACACUCCGCCCAUCCAAUCUACUGUGUUGGUUUCCUGUCCCGCCCCUAUUUAUCAGGACAAAAAGAAGGCAGAGGAGGAGGAGGCCCGCAGGAAGGAGGAGGAGGCCAAGGAGAAGGAGGAAGAUGACGAGGAGGAAGACGAGGAAGACGAAGACGAGGAAGCGCCGGAGGUACGCACACACGCACACCAACGCUUACCCCUGCACACUCUCCCUCACUCACACAACGGUCGGACACCUGACCUGGUAUGGCGGUGUUUGGUGUGUUUUGUUGUGUGGUGUGCCAUCAGGAGGAUGAGGGCGGUGCGGAGCACGACGAGCUCUAGAUGCCCACAGAGAUCUAUGAGUGAGUGAAUGGGUAGAUAUAUAGCUCGAUUCGUGCGUCGCCGCUCACUCACUGGCUGGCUGGCUGCCGUCACCUGACUGUGCUGUCUGUCUGUCUGACUGUCUGCCUGACUGCUACGGAGGGAGGGAGGGAGGGGGGAAAUAGACAGCGAGCUGUGUGGGAAUGGCUGAUGUAUCGUGUGAUGGUGGGCGUUCGCUGGUCGGUCUGGUCUCCCUCUUGAGUUGCUCCAUGGAACCCAGAGUGAGCAGCGCCGGUGCCGACUGCCUCACGCUGGGUUGCAUGGCGAGGUGCGAGAGGGGGAUGAGGUCGCAAAGCGACUUGUACGAUGAAGCACAGCCACCACGAUUGCGUAGGAAUGCUCUGGGAGAGUGGUCGUGUGCGCGGGGCCAGCUGCCCGUACGACGCCGCCGCUGCCACCGGUGUGUAUCAUCGACCGUGAUGACACACAGCAGUUGCACCGCUGCGUUGAAUGACAGUGGACCCACACACUGAGCCACAACACCCUUUCUUCUUCCCCUGCCUGUUCCUCAGCUUGCCUGCCUGCCUCUUUCUCCUCUGUCUGUCUGUCUGUCUGCCUGAGAGGGUGGGUGGGCCUGUAAAUAUCCUUCAUGAGAUGCAUAUCGAUCGCACGAAGACCAGAGGGGCGGAGGGGGGGGGGGGGAGGGAUGGCUCUCUCGCUCACUGCCUCAGCCUCGCUGUCAUCUUGCCUUGCCUUGCCUUGCCUUCCUAUCUUUCCUCCGACUUCUCUCCCUCCCCACUCUCCGCCCCUCUGCCAUCCCCCUCCCUCCCCUUGUCUCUCGUCGCGAGUAGUAGCCGCCCAGAAAGACCGACCAGGCUCUCUGUAGACAGACGCACGCGCUCACACCAAUAGGUACUGCCAUCCAUCCAUCCAUCGGUGGGGUCGGUCGGCCGGAGUCACGCAUCGGUAGCAUAGCAGCGAGCUAGGUGGGUUUGCAUCGCGGGUUUGCAUCGCACACCCACCUAUUUAAUAAUUAGCCAGCAAGGCAAAGACGGAGGGAUCGAUGGUCGACGAUUGAUGACUCGAAUCAAGAUGAGAAGAGAGUGGCCUGGCCCUGGACGGUCUUUGGUGGCGUGUGGUGGUGCCUCUGCUGGAUGGUGGAUCGGUUGUCAGGUCACUCUCCCUCCCUCUCUCUCUUCUGUGACAUGUGUUGCGUGCAGCGUGCAUCCGAAAGGUGUGGAUGCGAUCGAUGCGACUGGCUGACGUGACUGACUGACUCGUGCGUGCGGUGUGUUAUGCGAUCGAUGCGACUCAGUGAGUGACGUGCAUGACGCCCUACUUAAUUCAUGAAUAAGUGCACAG